CCGCGGAAUCCCAUGCUCUGCCUCUGCGCCUGGGGAAACUCUCCUUCUAGGGUCAAUCUCACCCUCAGCUCCUUAUCAAUCAAUCAACUCCAGAGAAUCACCUUUCAUUCUUGCGACUGAAAAGUGUUUGACGCUACCCAACGUCUGCCUCGCUCACACCACCCGAGACGCAUACGACGACGUUUCACCCUUCCUCGUAGUCUCAUCCUCUGGUUCUUUUAUGACUUCGCUUUUCUCUUUGUCCGGACAUAUUUUCACCUUUCACAGGCAAGCAUUGAACCGCAGAAACAAGGAUGACAAAGAGAUCCCCAUAAUUGUGCUGGUGCUCGUCUACCGCGGCUCUUUGCUGUCUCAGGAUAAGUUGGUGAUGGGAGAUUAGGAGGUGUAGGAAAAGAGAACAGAAACUGGUAUGCAAACGGAGGCUAGGGUUGGUGCGGUGGUAGAAGGGGGCCAAAGAGGUACCAAUCCGAGUCACGCGGGUGUUGUCGUCGAUGGGGCGGUUAGGAAGUUGGCGUGGCAGCGGCAGCGGCAGUCUCAGAUUGGCCCUAUUUCGCAGCUUCUUGCUGGCGGCGUUGCAGGCGCUCUCAGCAAGACAUGCACCGCGCCCCUUGCUCGACUAACCAUACUCUUUCAGGUUCAGGGUAUGCACUCCAGUGUUGCAACUUUGAGAAAAGCCAGUAUAUGGCAUGAGGCUUCAAGCAUUGUCAAUGAAGAGGGAUUUAGGGCCUUCUGGAAAGGAAAUCUGGUUACAAUUGCUCACCGUCUACCCUAUUCCUCAGUAAACUUUUAUGUAUAUGAGCACUACAAGAAGUUACUAAAGACGCUGCCAGGACUCAAAAUUGAGAAGGAUAAUAUCAGUGCGGACCUUUGUAUCCAUUUUGUAGGUGGUGGCCUGGCAGGAAUAAGUGCUGCUACGGCUACGUAUCCAUUGGAUCUUGUGAGAACGCGUCUUGCUGCUCAGACAAAAGUUAUCUACUAUCGAGGGGUUUGGCAUGCUUUACAAACUAUUAGCCAUGAAGAGGGAAUUCUGGGCCUUUAUAAGGGACUUGGAGCUACGCUUUUGGGUGUAGGGCCCAAUAUUGCAAUCAGCUUCACUGUGUAUGAAACAUUGAGAUCUUUAUGGCAGUCAAAUAGGUCCAAUGAUUCAAGUGUCCUUGUCAGUCUGGCCUGUGGCAGCCGUUCAGGCAUUGCGUCGUCAACAGCGACUUUCCCUUUGGAUCUUGUGAGGCGAAGGAAGCAGUUGGAGGGGGCUGGUGGGCGAGCCCGUGUGUAUAAAACGGGCCUCUUUGGGGUAUUUAGUCACAUCAUCCGGCAAGAAGGCGUGUGGGGUCUAUACAGAGGAAUUUUGCCUGAAUAUUAUAAGGUGGUGCCUGGUGUAGGUAUCUGUUUCAUGACCUACGAGGCGCUCAAGAUGCUUUUGGCGGACAUUGCUUCCACUUAAAAAGUACAUUCAUGUUCGAGAAUUGAAGGAAGCUUAAUUUUGAUUUAUGAUUUCUCAUGGUAAACUGUGCGAUGCUGCUGUGGGAAAUACACUUUUACACUGUACAGAGACGAUUCUUUAUUACUUCUUCAAGCUGACGCAACAUUAAAGAUUACACUCUUAUCGAUUCCAGGCAUGCUCAUUUUUUCUCAAAGUUUCUUCUCCCUUCCGGUGGCCCCGGUGGCCCCAAUGAAAAAAUUAUAUUGCAACCAUUAAUCUGCAGCUUUUCAUAUGUUCUCGCGUUGGCAUCCUCUGAGAAAUUGGUAGGAUAUUGUCUACAAGGAAACUUAGUGAUAUUGUUUUAGUCGAUAGAAUAAUUUGAAAGAGGAACAUUUGUGCAGAAUACUGCAGACUCAGUUGUAUAAUAUCUCACUGAUACGCUUAUCAUGUGAUUUAUUCAAUUGUCUUGAAGUGCAGUUUUCCUCA